AUGUCCAACUCCAAAUCUGAACUCACUAAGCACCUAGUCGAAUUCACCGAGACCUCUGCUACAUACGAAGACCUCGUCGUUCUCACUCCAAGACUACCAUACGAAGGAAACUGGGGAUAUCUAGGCCAGGCCGCCUGGAAACGUGACGGCCCAACCGCGCCUCCCCGCGGAUUCAUCCUCAUGGCCGCAGAAGGCAGCGACGCGCUAGGCGACAUCGUCGACUGGGAGCCAGUCCUGCGCAGCGUCGAGCCCACGCCGUUCACCACCUGGCGCGGCGUCACGCGGGACCCAAAGUACGUGUGCGGCGGCGACUUCUUCAAGCUCGGAACGGAGAAACCGACCGCAGCUGAGACGGCCGGCAUCAGGGCGAUCCGCAGGGACCUCGUCUCGGAGGUCAAGCCGGAGAACCUUGUUUGGAGCUGCAGGCUUCCGUUUGAUACGCUGUCGAUUUAUGAUGUUGCGGUUGUUACGGGUGUGGUUAUCCCUACUGGAGCGUUUGUGUCGACUACUGCGCCGAGUGGGAUCAAUUAUGAAACUAUCCCUGUGCUCCGUGUUGAGUGA